AUGUUUCCAAGUCCUAACUCUGUGCAAAGAGCCUCAACAAGUUCAAAAUCCCUUGCGAUCCCUUCUCGAGUUCGUGGUGAGCGUCAGAAAGUCGCGCUUGCUCCGGGCCAUUCACCGUUAGAUUGGGCAGCUCUAAACGCCAAUACCCCAAGGCAUGUCCUACGUGGACUUAAGCCUGACUCACCUCCUGCGCCUUUCGUAAGAAUCACAAAGGAGGAACUCAAAAAGCACAGCUCCAAAACUGAUUGCUGGACAUGUAUUAAUGGACGAGUGUUUAACUUGACUCGCUAUAUUCAUUUCCACCCAGGUGGGGUAGAAGAGAUCAUGAAAUGUGCUGGAAAGGAUGGAACAACAUUGUUCAAUAAAUAUCAUAGUUGGGUUAACCCUGAUAGACUUUUGGAGAACUGUAUUGUCGGAGUUUUGAUUUGA